GGAAUUAUGAAUGAAAGAACUCAAAAGAUAUUUGAUGUGACUAUUUUACAAAAAUAUUUAUUUCUUAAGAUUCUUCAUCUUAUACCUAAUCUCCCAGUAUUUGAUUAUGAAAUUUGUUAA